AUGUUCCUGCAGGUCCGGACUCAUUUCAACCAAGUCCAGCAUGUGCCUUCAAGUGCCACUGCUCAAGUAUCCCAGGUUCGAGAAGGUGUACAGCGACUAUCGGACAGUUUGUGUGCAGCUGUGGAGCGGCUGGCAAAUGACCUUUACGAGAGCGAGUGCCACUUCCUGUAUGAAAUUGUACAGAAUGCAGAAGAUGCGCACGCGAGGGCUCGGCCAGAGGAGCCCCUGACUUCGCAAAUCUUAGCAGCUCCAGGAAUGCUGCUUCUGCCGGCAGGACUCCACGGAGAUGUUACUGCACUGUGCGACAUCUCUGCCUCAUCAAAGAAGAAGCCUUUACCUGGGGCGGCCGGAAAGUCCAUCGGCAAGGGGAUCGGUUUCAAGUCUGUGUUUACGGUCAGCGACCGCGCCCACGUCUUGUCGAAAGGCUUCACUUUCGUCUUCGACGUGCAGGGUCCCCUGGGAAAGCUGGGCUAUGUGACACCGACAUGGUCUCCUGGCCGCAACUCCUUCUUUCACCACGCAGGGGAUCAAGGGAGAGGUCCCCAUUAA